UUGGGAUUUGGCGCGCACCACACCUAAACCACUUGCUGAAUUAAUUUGUUGAUAUUCUAAACUAAAACAACCAUUUCACAAUGCGUAACGUCGAAAUCAAAGCAAGAAUAACCGACUACGAGAACAUUUGCAAAGUGGCUGCAGAACUCAGUCAAUCUGACGGAACCAUUAUAAAGCAAGACGAUACUUUUUACAGAGUAAACGAUGGUCGUUUAAAGAUGCGUUUUUACGCGGACUCGUCGGCUACACUGGUGCGUUACGAUCGUGAUGAUGAAGGCGGACCAAAGCUGUGUAAUUAUGAGUUGCUGGAGUUUUCGGCGAACGAAAGUGAGAAGGCGUCACUGCUGGAUAACAUGUUGAAGAAGUGUUUAGGGGCUCGAGGGCGAGUGGUCAAGGAGCGCAAGCUGUACAUGGUUGACCAGACCCGAGUACACAUAGACACCGUCCAAGACCUCGGACAUUACAUGGAGUUGGAGGUGGUGCUGCGGCCCGAGCAGCCGCUUGAGGAAGGACAGGCCAUCGCUCGGGACUUGCAGACCAAACUUGGAGUUAAGGACGAGGAUCUGAUUGAGUGUGCCUAUGUUGAUCUGUUAGAUAAGAAGUAGGGUGUCAUGGCUUUCAAAACGUGAACCAAUCAUUUUAUUUGAUUUGAUGAAAUAUAAAAUUAAGGAACAAACCAAAUUAUUUUAUUGAAUAUUUUUUUGAUAUGUUAUUUUCAAGUAGUCACACUACUAUACACCCUGUUUUUAUUGAAUUCCGUUAACUUUAAGGGAAGGU